AUGGUGGAGAAGAUCUACGUCACUUACAACGAUGUCCAUAAGCUCUGCCAGGAGGCAGCCCCGAGGAUCCUGGCUUCGUUCAAGCCCCAACUCAUAAUCGCUAUCGGUGGUGGUGGUUACGUACCAGCCCGAAUCUUGCGCUCUUUCCUCAAGCAACCUGGUAGUCCAAACAUCCCCAUCCAAGCCAUUGGCCUGUCCUUAUACGAGCAGCUUCCUGUGGCCGACCUCUCGAAUGAAGCUACCGGCGCCGUAGACCAGAUUGGAACCAAGGUCACUCGGACGCAGUGGUUGGAUCUAAGCAGUCUUGGCGAAAUCCAGAAUUUAGUAGGAAAGCGCAUCCUGAUCGUAGACGAGGUUGACGACACCCGAACGACGCUAGAGUAUGCCGUCAAGGAGCUAGAGAAGGAUGUCGAAGAAGCGCGACAAAAGCUAGGCCCUCACGCCGAGAAGACAGAGUUCAGCGUUUUCGUCUUACACAACAAGGAUAAGCAGAAGAAGGGCGUGCUGCCUUCCCACAUGAUGGAGGAAUCGCGAUAUCUGGCGGCGCGAACGAUAGGCGACGAAUGGAUAUGUUAUCCAUGGGAGGCGACGGAUAUCGAUGCGCACGACGAGCUGGCAAUGAAGCAACUAAAUAGCAAUGGCGCCGCAUAGGCGCAGUGAGUAAGUAGACGAGAAAUGCAGCUAAAGUAUUUCCUUUCCGGGUAGGUGGUAGGUAGGAUAGAUACGGCCUGUUGAUAGACAACAUGAGGGCACGCUCGAUACACAUCGAGGAAAUAAUAGCCCAACCCGAAUAAACCGAGCACUGAAGAAUAACGAAAUAUCGGAAGGAAUUUCAUGAAGUCAGACUUGAGUACGACCUGGGAGUUUGGCGGAUUUUCUAUUUUUCGACAUGAGGGUAUAUAUGAUGUAGCCAUCUUUUCUCUAAGCGCCGAAAGUCCCUUCCUUGAUGUGUUUUUCCUUUAACUUCUUUUCUUGCUUCAUGAAUUCCCGAAUACCCACCGGGACGUUCUUGUAUAAGUCGUCAUCCCAGAGGUCCUUUGCGAUCUUGGGCUGAUCUGCCAUCUUCAGAUCCGUUUUCCAGUUCGUCUCGCUGCCGCCACCGUCAUCAUC